AUACAAUCCUUUUAAAAAGCGGUUGAUGUGCUCUCUUAUCUCUACUCAACUCAUUCUUCUUCUUAAUUGAAUUCUUUUUCUGGUUUAUACUUCAUAGCUUUAUCAUUAAAAAAAACAAACGCCCUCUACAUUACCUACACAACAUCACUCCUCAAAUGGUCAAAAGCUUGUAAGGACUGUUAAGAAAAUAGAGUAUUGAAGUAGUUCUUAUUGAUAACAUGGAUAAGAUGGUGGGUUUCCACCGCUAUGGGUUUUUCCUCCGCUAUCAUUUGUAACGAGGAGAGGCCGCCGCAGGCGAGCUUAGGCGUACAAGGUUUCUUCUUCCACCAUCAAUUGUGUGGCUAUUUUUCUUCUUUUGCUUUGGUGAGAUUAAACGGGGGGGAGAGGAUGUUUGGUCUCCGACGAUCGAAGGUUGUGCAGGGACGAAAGACGGAUGCUUGGUCUCCGGCGGCCAAAGGUCACAGACGAAGCGUGGGGCUAGAGCUUGGAAUGGAUCUGGAUUCGAGGUCAUCUGUGUUAGGUGGCGAAAGAGGAGGCUUGGUAGAGAACAUGAUGAAUAAGAGGCAAGACGAGGAAGAAGCUACUAUACUGUUGGAUUGUCCUCCUCCUGUAUUGUCGCAAUGGAGUGCAGGAGAGUCUAGGGUUUGGAAGCAGCUUUUUAAUUUUACUGUUUGCUUGCGAUUUAGUUUUCAUGAUCAGACUGUUUAUUUUUUUGUUGGUUACUUUUAUUGUUGUAAGACUCUUGCAUUAGGAUUGAGUGAUGGAAGGUCUGUUUUAACCGUUGUUGGCUCAUUUAUGCCCAUUUAUAAAAUCAGUGAGUUAUAUUGCUUUAUAAAAGGUGGUUGACUCUAAGUCUGGUUCGAGAGCUGGCGGUUGUCUC